AUGGGCAAACCUGUUCAAAACGGUGUUGCAGUUGCCAAUGGCAAGAAGGCAAAGAACGCCGCUGCUCCUACUGCCAAGAAGCCUGAAGAAUCCAAAGCUGUCAAGAAAGCUCAAGUCCCACCACCCAAACCGGUUGUAGAGGAAUCUGAUGAAGAAAGCAGCGAUGACGAAGAAGAACAAGUUGUUGCCAAACCAGUCGCAAAGAAGACCGCCGCUGCUCCAGUAGUCGCCAAAGUCGCUGCCCAAGAAUCAUCCGAUGAGGAAUCUAGUGAUGAAGAGGAAGCACCAGUAGAAAAGAAACCAGUUGCAAAGAAGGCUGCUGCUAAUGGUAACGGUAAAGCUGCUGCAGCUCCAGUAGUAGCUGCUGCUGCAGCCAAGAAGGAAGAAUCUGACUCUGAUUCAUCUGAUGAUGAAGAGGAAGAAGUCAAGGCUGCUGCUCCACCCGCUAAAGUCGCAAAGGCUGCUGCACCUGCUGGCAAGCCCGCCGCUGCACCAAAAGCUGCUGCCAAGCCAGCUCCAGUAAAAGCUGUAGUCGCUGCCCCAGAAUCAUCCGAUGAAGAAUCCAGUGAUGAAGAAGAAGUUGCUAAGCCAGUUGCUCCAGUCGUAGCCAAGAAGACUGCUGCUGCCCCAGCUGCAAAGCCCGUAAAAGCUGCUGCCAAACCAGUCGUUGCUGCACCGGCUAAGGCAGAGUCAUCAGACGAGGAGAGCAGUGAUGAGGAAGAGGCUGUUGUAAAGCCCGCCAAGGCACCUGCAACCGUCGCCAAGACACCUGCAAAGCCAGUAGUUGCUGCUGUUGCAGAGUCUUCUGAUGAAGAGAGCAGUGAUGAGGAGGAGGAAGUUAAGCCUGCUGCUCCUGCCGCUGUUGCUGGUGGUAAACGUAAAGCUGAAGAAUCUGAUGAAGAGGAAGAUGAUGAAGACGAUGAGGAAGAAGAGACUGCUGCACCAGCUGCCAAAAAAGUCAAGACUGACGACGACGAAGAGGAAUCCAGUGACGAAGAAGAGGAAGAAGACGAUGAUGAAGAAGAAGAGAAGCCAGCACAAAAGAAGAGAUCUGCCAAUGGUGUGGUGACUCCUCCCACCACUCCAAACAAGAAGGCUAAAGCCAACGAUGGAUCAGCUGUCGCUACAUCAUCUGGUGAAUCGAAUACUAUAUUUGUUGGUAACCUGUCUUGGAAUGUCACUGAAGAAUGGUUAGUUGAACACUUUGGAAGUUCUGGUGAAGUCGCCUCUGCUCGAAUCAUCACUGAUCGUGAAAGUGGCAAACCUAAAGGAUUCGGAUACGUCACGUUCGCUUCUACGGAAGGUGCCAAGUCAGCCAUGUCUAUGAACGGCAGUGAUCUAGAUGGUCGCGCUCUUCGUAUUGACAUUGCAGCUCCUCCUACACCUAAAGGUGAUCGACCCAGUAACGGUCGAGAUGCUGGUAAAUUUGGUGGUCGAGCUGAAGCUCCUACAUCGCCUCCAUCUGCGACUCUCUUUGUUGCCAACAUGAGCUUUGGAUGCUCUGAAGACACCUUACGUGAUGUCUUUGGUACUUAUGGUGAUGUGAGCUCAGUUCGUAUACCUACUGAUCGUGAAAGUGGUCGUCCCAAAGGAUUCGCAUAUGUCGAAUUCUUUGACGUAGACACUGCCAAAAAAGCUCUUGAAGGUGUGAACGGCACAGACAUUGAAGGCCGAUCAGUCCGUAUUGACUUCGCUACUGAAAAGCCAGCUGGUGAUUCAGGCAACCGUGGCCCUCGUGGCGGGCGAGGUGGAGGAUUCGGUGCUGGACGUGGAGGCCGUGGUGGGUUCGGUGAUCGAGGUGGCCGAGGCGGCCGAGGCGGAGGACGUGGGGGAUUUGGUGAUCGUGGUGGCAGAGGUGGAGGACGUGGGCUAGGAUUCCGUGGUGGUCGUGGUCAAGGUGCUAAUGCAAUGUCGUUAGGACCUCGCGGCAAGAAAACUACAUUUGACGACUAA